UAUAAACAAACAAAGUGCGAUUUAUGAAACUUCAGUUUUAUAUUUCAUCAGCGAUUUACCGUAAUAAAAAAUAAAUUAUCAAUUAAUGAACUAACUAAGAAAUUCAUCAUGAGUAAAUUGUGUCAAAAUUUUCUGCGCAUUGUUUCAAUAUCCAAACGAAAUUUAAAACUACACGCUUCUCUCCCGAUCUUUUAUUUCCACGUUAGCAAAACCUCACCUAAACUUUCCUCUAGUCUAAACCAUUUACGUUUUUAUCGUACAACACCAGUUUUUUAUUCAUCUUCCCUGAAAGAAGAAAAAGAUAACGAAAGCUCUGAUGAAAAGCAACACGAUGAAUCGGAGGAUAAGGUCAUAAAAUACGCCGAACUCAACACCGAUGUCGAAUCUAAGAAGAAAAUCCUUCUUAUAUUAAUGGAACACGAAGUUGCUAAACUAGAAGGACGUAAAGUUCCUUCAAAAAUAUCAGUAGAAGACAUGAGAGAACUCCUGAACAUGUAUUCGUUUUCAUCUAGAGUUAAGUAUAUGGGUUUUUUGUAUGAAAGAGAAGCUAGAAAAAAGUAUGACAUCUCAAAAAGAGAAAGGAAAAAGAAAGAAAGGGAAGAGUGGUUGAUCGAAAAAGAAACGAUCGUACCUCCUGAGCAUAUACAAUAUGGAAUCGGGCACAACACGAUGAUUGUGCGAGUCAGGCGUAAAAGUUUCAUGCAUUUCUAUAAUCAGCGACUUUCAAAUGCAGUUGUGCAUGGACAAAAGUUUAUUGUAGAUAUGGAUUAUGAUUGCUUCAUGCGCAAAAUGGAUUGUAACAAUUGUGGGGAGCAACUCCUUGAACUGUAUGGGGUUAACCGUAGAAACCCAUAUCCGUAUGACUUGUUUUUCUGUAAUGUUGAUCAUAACAGCUCUACUAUGUCUGCAUUCAGCAGAUACAUGCCUAAUUUGUAUGCUCCUGAUAACUUCAUCACUUUAACUGAUUUGAGUUAUACUGAUAUUUUUCCUAAGGAAAAGUUGGUUUAUAUUACGCCUUAUGCCAAGGAACCAAUGAAAACUUAUGAUCACAAUGCCGUGUACAUCAUUGGUGGUCUGGUAGAUAAAUGCAUUAAAGAACCUGUAGUUCUGGCUAAGGCUAAAAGAGAACAAAUUAAAGCUGUGCAUCUACCAUAUGAUGAAUAUUUAAUGUGGGGUAGAGGAAACAAGANUUUUAGGAAAUAA